GUCAGUGAAAUCCACAGCUCUUUGAGUGUAUAAUAGUGUUUCAGUCUCCAGUUACUAGUUCUGUUUGGCAGUUCUUGGUAAUGAAGAUAAAAUGCACGUAAUAACCCAAAUCUGUGUCCUAUUUUUGUGGAUGCAUACGGUGACCUUUGUGACAAGUAUAGAUUGUACACUUGAACAGUUUAUAAACAGUGGCCUGUAUGAUUCAAAUUUUGACACAACUAAUCUGGAGUCGAGCUACAUUGGUGGAAAACAAGUGAGAGUGGGCUGCAAUGUUGGCUUUAGUGGCUUUUUCAAACUGAUCUGUACUGACGAUGGAUGGAAGAGGUCUGUUGGUGGUGUGUGUAAAGCAAGAUCAUGUGGUCAUCCUGGCGAUGCCCAGUUUGCAGAUUUUCAUCUGGAGAUAGGAGAGGAUUUUGUCUUUGGAUCAAAAGUUAUGUACACCUGCCACAAAGGUUAUCAAAUGGUCAGUCGAAUAAACUUCCGGACUUGCUUGGCCCAAGGCUGGGAUGGUGCUGUCCCUGUCUGCGAAGCCCAACAGUGCCCAGUGAUUCGUGUGGAAAAUAAUGUCCAGGUGAUUGGGGACCCAGAGGAAGCGAACUAUGGCAAUGUGAUACGAUUUAGCUGCAAGUUAAGGAAUCAAAUCCUGGAAGGGCCUGCAGAGAUCUAUUGUGAUGAAAAUGGACAAUGGAGUGCCACAGCUCCAACAUGUAAAGAGGUCACAUGUGCACCGCCUAAGAUUGAAGAUGGUUAUGUUCGUGAAGAAAAACCUGUGUACCAAGAACAUGAAGUCUUGGAUUUUGCAUGCAAUCAUGAAUAUAGACGCAGUGAUGGAAUACCUUCAAAAUGCACCAAACUGGGAACCACAGCAGUUUGGAGCCCCACACCUUUGUGUGAACCAAUAAAAUGUAAAGUGGACCGUCUAGAAGGAACCAGGUUUGACCCUCCUUACAAAAAUUUGUUCUCGCCUGGGGAAACUGUAAGAGUCAUUUGUGAUAAGAAGUACUGGGUUUCUACACCUCAGGAAGUCUCAGCUACGCCCACUUGCCUUAACGAUGGAGAGUGGACCUUCAGACCGAUAUGCCAAGAGGUUACAUGCUCCAAUCAGAAACAGCCAAAUAUGGACUCCUGGCAGAGCAGUCGGUGGUGGUCGACACCGACAUUGGGUGACACUAGGACAUUUAGCUGUAGGUACGGCUACAAGAGAGCAGGUGGUGAUAGAUCCGUCACAUGCACCAGAGAUGGGUGGAAACCAGAUCCAGCUUGUCAAGAAAUAACAUGUGACCGGGAAGAUGUCCCGAAUACAGAUAUUGACGGCGAUAACAAGCAGAAAUACAAAUUAAAUGAACAUGUCCGUUAUGUCUGCAAGGAUGGUUAUGAAGGAAGUUUUACUCGUACCUGUGGAGAAAAUGGUUGGAACAAGGGUUGGUCUGAGAGAUGUACAGAGAUAAAAUGCCAAGUUAAACUUUUCCAGCAUACAGACAUUGACAGAAGUACCUCAGAAUACAAGUCUGAAUACAAGUACAAUGAGCGGGUUGACUAUGUCUGCAAGAAUGAUUAUGAAGGAAGUUUCACUCUAACUUGUGGGAAAGCAGGUUGGAUCGGGAAUCAACAAUGUACACGUAAACAGUGUGAAAAGCUUGACAUCAACAAUGCAGACCUGAUCCAAAAUGAAAAGCAAAGUUACAACCAGGGUGACAGAGUCCAAUAUGCAUGCAGAAAUGACAGUAACAGAAGAUUUAUUAUUACCUGUGAGCAAGGUGUUUGGACUGGAGUUCAGAAGUGUGAAGAUAACUUAGCAUGUUCCAAACCUGAUGUUGCACAUGGAUUUGCAGUUGAAAUAAAUGGCACACUGUACUACAGCUGCAAUGCUGGUUAUAAGCUUUCCUCUAAAGGCUGGUGGGGUGAAGCCACAUGUAAUGAUGGCAAGUGGUCUAACCUGGAACAAUGCAUUGCCAACAAUAGGUGUGGUGAAGUGCCUAUGAUCCCAAAUAUGGAAGUAACACCUGUGCGUGGACGACACCAAAUCAUCACAGUUACUUGUAAGGAAGGAUAUCGUGCUCAGAUUACCCGCUUAACCUGUCGUGGUGGGAAAUGGGAUACCAAUGGGAAACUACACAGAGAAAUCUGUAAACCUAUCCAAAGCCUCUGUAAGCCUCCACUUAAAAUAGAGAAUACGGUUGUUACGACUUCAUAUCAGAAGGAAUACUUGUCUGGCAAUAGCGUAACUUAUCGGUGCCGCAACAGGUAUACAAUAGAGGGAGACGACACGAUUACAUGCGAAGAUGGGCAGUGGGAGAAGAAGGACAUUGCAUGUACACUGUACUGUAACACCGAAGCUAAACAGUGGAGGGUCAUCGACAACAAAGACAAACAUAUGAAUGGGAGUGUCAUAAAGUAUAGCUGUACCACUGGUGAAGAAGAUGAAGGCACUGCAACAUGUAUUGAUGGCAAAUGGAUUGAAACAGUACAAUGUGAAGCUUUGAGCUGUGCCCCCCCGCCAGCAGAUGAAUGGAUCACAAUGAAAGGUUUACCAGAUAAUGAAGACCACAUACUUCCUGAUCGUUUUCUCACAUUCAGCUGUGAUGCUCCUGGGAAAUAUCUGAAUGGUAGUUCUAAGCUGAUAUGUGGCACAGAUGGACAGUGGGAUAAACCAUUGCCCACUUGUGAAGACAUUGCUUGCAAAGUUGAUGAGCUGCACUCUCAUCUCCACGUAGUUGAUCUACCAGAAAACAAAACAAUUAAGCUUGGAAAUAAAAUACGUUUUUUCUGUGACGAUCAAUAUGGCCUGGACGGGCCUCAAGAAAUUCAAUGUUCAGGCCAUGAGAAGUGGAGUGGCACCUUUCCAACUUGUUCUGAGAAAUGCAGAAUCACAGAUGUACAUCGCAACACACGGCUCGAGAGACAUGAAGUAGGUCAACAACUAGGGAAAGGAGACAAGUUAAGGUUUUAUUGCCCCUUACGUGGACACCAUCUCAGAGGGAAUGAAGAGGUUGAAUGUUUAGCAAACGGGCAGUGGAGUCACCCUUUCCCAACAUGUGGAGAACCUUUGGGUUGCGGACGGCCAUCUUUCAUUGAAGAUGCAGACACCACAACCUCUUAUAAAAGUGUCUACGACCAUGGGGAAAGGGUUGAAUACAGGUGUCAGAACUACUACGUCAUGAAGGACGGGCCUUACAAAACCUGCUUCAACGGUGAAUGGAUUGGAGAGAUGAGAUGUCUCAAGGGAUGCAGAAUCACAUAUGUACAUCGCAACACACGGCUCGAGAGACAUGAAGUAGGUCAACAACUAGGGAAAGGAGACAAGUUAAGGUUUUAUUGCCCCAUACGUGGACACUAUCUCAGAGGGAAUGCAGAGGUUGAAUGUUUAGCAAACGGGCAGUGGAGUCACCCUUUCUCAACAUGUGGAGAACCUUUGGGUUGCGGACGGCCACCUUUCAUUGCAGAUUCAGACACUAUAACCUCUUCUAAAAGUGGCUACGACCAUGAGGAGAGGGUUCAAUACAGGUGUCAGAACUACUACAUCAUGAAGGGCGGGCCUUACAAAACCUGCUUCAAUGGUGAAUGGAUUGGAGAGAUGAGAUGUCUCAAACCCUGCACUGUGGAUUCAGCACUCAUGAACAGUCAUAAUAUCGACUUCCUAUACAUAGAUCGAAAGAAGCUGUAUUCAGAACAUGAUGAUUCAAUGUCAUUCAAGUGUAAGAGAGGAACAAGACAUGAUGGCAGAGUGGGAAUGCGUCAGAAAUGUAAUGAUGGUGUGUUGCACCUGCCAACUUGCCAUUAAGCGUUUUAGCCUGCUGGAAAUGAUGAGCAUGAACUGGCUAGAAAAGCAUGUAAAAGAUAAUCAGAGUUAAGUUGUGUACUAAUCCACUGUCUGUACUUCAGUGUUGUGUUUGGCAAUUUUAAUAAAAACAUUUACAUUA